GCGAUUGUCAUGGCCGAGGAAAAUACACCCCUUGUCACACCGCAACAAACUCUCCCAAGUAGGAAAACAAACUGGCCAGAACUGAUGGGGAUGAAAGCCGAAGAUGCGGAAAAGAAGAUCAAGGAAGAGAUGCCAAGGGCUACUAUUCAUGUGAUUCCUCAUGAUAGUUUUGUUACAAUGGAUUUUGUGGCAACUCGAGUUAGGUUAUUUGUCGACUCUUCACAAAAUGUUGUUAAGGAACCGAGACUUGGUUAGAUUGGAUGUCUGACUUACACUAUGAAAGCAUUGAUCAUGUAUAUCCAUUCCUAAGAAUGAUUAUAUAUAUAUUUAUACACAUAUAUAUAGUACAACUUUUAUUA